AUGCCAGUUCACUGUUGUUAUUAUGCUACUUAUCAAAUUUACUGGGAAGAACUUAAGGUCUUGAGAAUCACAGCGACAAUAAUGCUACCGAAAAAUGUUGGCCCAAAAAAGGACAAAUCUAGCAGAAGAAAGAAAAGAAGAACAGCUGAAUCUUCUGAUUCAUCAUCCAGUUCGUCUUCUGAAUCUGAUAUUGAGGUAAAUGAUGAUGAGCCAGUCGUUGAUCAAACCAAUAAGAAUGAUGGUGCAAUUUCGUUUGAUGUUCCAGCGGCAAAUAAGUCUAAUUUGGAAAUAUUAGAGGAUAAGACCAUUGAAAAAUUGAACGAGAUACCCUUCACAAUGUCAGACUUGAGCAAGAGAAUACCAACUGAUAAGAAAUCUAACGAGAAACAUGUGUAUGAUUACAAGCAAAUUGAAAAGAUAUUGGAAUCUGAUUCAGCCAAACUAGAUGCUAUUUACGACAGUUUCGCCGGGCAACAUUGCUCUGAUAAAGACAGCUUGAAACCCCGUCGUUCGCUUCUUGAAGUGGUAGAUUUAUUAGAACAAAACCAUAAAUAUUAUGAUUACGACGGCUUCAAUGAAGAAGUCUCUAAAUAA